ACCGCCCUGUUUCUGUGCGUACGGAUUUCCUCGUAAGAACCAGACGAGCGAGGCUGUCCCGGCCGUAAGGAUGGCAUGACGACAUAUUACAACUUCUCCGCUCUUAACGUCACUGACUCUCCCGCUGUCGAGGCGCCGCCCCUCCACUCUCUUGUGGUUCUGUACGUCGUGGUCCUCGUGGUCGGUCUCCUGGGGAACGCCUUCGUCGCCGCUGCCAUCUGGAGUCAGCGGGUCGUCAGGAACAUCCUGCUGCUGAACCUGUGUGCCUCAGACUUCCUCGUGUGCUGCCUCAGCGCGCCCGUCAGCAUCGUAGCGGCACUGCAGCAAGGAUGGACCCUAGGACUGGUGCCGUGCAAGAUAGUGUUCUUCCUUCAGGGUGUGCCGGUGGCAGCCAGCACUUGGUCCCUAAUGAUGCUCUCCUUAGACAGAUACACAUCCAUCCAACAUCCACGUGUUCUCACGAGGUUCCGCGAGAGACGCCAUCUUUCUUUUCUCAUGAUCGGAGUUGUCUGGUGUGUCUCUCUGGCCGUGUGUUCUCCAAUCAUAUACAGUCGCACCAUAAUUGGCGACCCCGGGCCAUGCGAAGAGGUGUGGGAAGACACUUCUCUCUGGACCACCUUCGUACUUGGUCACGUGACCCUGGUAUAUUUGCUGCCUGGCUUGACUGUAGCAGCCUGUCAUCACUCUGUAGGCCACAAACUGUACGCUGCUUCUCUGUCAGCGGCCGUGGCCAACGGGGACAUACCGCUGCCCAUGCCUACCCUCUGUCGACCCAAGGAGGUCAUCAUCAUCGCCUCCGUACAGAACGACAUGCCCUCCAAGGUGAUUCACUACAAACAUGACCAAGAAGACUCGGAUGACGCUAAGAACGGGGCGAAGAUCAGGAGUGACAUAGCGGAGCAUCGGCGGGGAGGGACGCUCAAAGGACGUCCGCAGACAGACUCCCGCCGCAAAAAGCUGCCCAAGUCACCCAAACAAGCGCGGGCUGCGCGGAGUCCCCGGCGACCACCUCUCACUAAGCAGGCAAGUCGCCAGUCCCUCCACAGUCGCCGACGACUGGCGCAGAUGUUGGUGGCGCUGGUGGUCGUGUUCGCCACUUGCUGGCUUCCCUACGUCACUCUCAGGAUUUACUCAGUAACUUCUUCUUCAGACCCUGCUCUGAUCCAGAGUCUGUUACCGUUCUGUCUACUCCUGGGACACACACACUCCGCGAUCAACCCCAUCGUUUAUUGGUUCCUCAACCGCCAAUCCCUGCAGACUACCUCAUGUGUAGCUUGGCUCAGGAAAGGCUCUCAGAGAGACAAACUAGCCAACCACUUCCGCUUCCUCGGCAACAACCCUGUGGAUCAUCGUCGACCUUCGUCUACCAAUGAGGCUGCUCUGGGAGCGUUCCACCCGAGAUACACGGUGCCCAAGACGCGGCCGAGGGUACAUCAACCUAGAGAGUCUUCGCAGUUCUACGCCUAGCAAACCUACGAUCAUCCUUUUGUGCAAGCGUAGAAAAGGAAUCUAUCCAUGGGGAUUUUUGUGACAUUUAAGAGUCUUAUUUUCCUUUUCCUGGAUUGAUAAAACUUUGUUGUUCUACCAUUAAGUCGCAAGAGUUGCCUUAACUCUA